UAUUCGAAGAAAUGUAAGCCAUAUUUACUAACCAUGAGUACACCCAUAGGCAAACAAUUUAAACAAGUUGUUUAACAUAGAAUCAAAACCAUGGGUUCACAAAACACUUGGAAUGUUGAAAGUUCCUAUUACUACUCAAUCACAUUACCUAACUCAGAAGCAAGAACUCCUGCCACCUUCCCCACUCCUGGUCCUCCAUCCAUUCCCAAAAGCGAAGAACAAACACCCACGUUCAGAUCAGAAGGGAGGGUGUUCUACUUUCCCAUUUCCCACCAGUUUGACCGUAUAAUAAUCCCAGUCUCCCGCUCUCUCCCCCAGUUAAUUAAUUUAAUUAAUCUCUCCACCCUCGCCUCGCCUCGCCUCUGCAUCUGCAUAUGGCUCACUCACUCACAGCCUGCCUGUCACUGCUCUGUCAAAAAAGCAUUUCAAUUUUAAACAAACAAGUUGGACAUCUCUAUCUAUCUAUGCACAUGCAAUUACCUCAUUAUGACCGUCUUUACUCUCCUCCCAAGCUGCCUGCCUCGCUGUAAAUGCAGCUGUGGGGUUUUUAACUUAGACAAGGACAACACCAAGAGAAAAAAACUCCACAGCUGCUCUUCUUGAUGGGGAAGAAGGGAGGCAGCACUUCCUCUUGGUUGACUGCAGUGAAGAGGGCUUUCAGAUCUCCCACCAAGGAAUCCACCGAUAACCGAAGAAGAGGCCAAAACCAUGACCAAGACGUCGUCGACGAUGAAGAAAAGAAACGAGAGAAGCGGAGAUGGAUAUUCAGGAAACCCACCAGCCAAGAAGCUGCUGCACCAAUCCAACAAAAGCCCACACCUCCACCCGCCGACCAGUCAGCAGCAGCAGCAGCUGAGCAGAGGCAUGCCAUCGCGGUGGCCGUAGCAACCGCAGCAGCUGCAGAAGCCGCCGUGGCCACCGCUCAGGCUGCUGUGGAGGUCGCCAGGCUUGCUAGGCCUAACUACCACGCCAGGGAGCACUAUGCUGCCAUUGUCAUUCAAACCUCCUUUAGAGGAUAUCUGGCGAGGAGGGCAUUGAGAGCGCUGAAGGGGCUGGUGAAGUUGCAGGCACUCGUCAGGGGACACAACGUGAGGAAGCAAGCCAAGAUGACAUUGAGAUGCAUGCAAGCUCUGGUUCGAGUCCAAAGUCGAAUCCUCGAUCAAAGGAUGCGCCUUUCCCACGAAGGCAGCCGGAAAUCCACCUUCAGCGACACCACUAGCAUUAUCGAAUCAAGAUACUUGCAAGACCUCUCUGACCGGAAAUCCAUGCAGUCCAGAGAAGGAAGCAGCAGCAUUGCCGCUGACGAUUGGGAUGAGCGGCCGCACACCAUUGAAGAAGUGAAGGCAAUGCUUCAGCAGAGGAAAGAUGCUGCCUUGAAUCGCCAGAGGAACCUGUCUCAACAGGCGAAGAUAUGGAGGAAUAGUGGCAGGAGUCCAUCAGUAGGAAGCGAAGCAGAGCUCCAAGACAACAGACCACCGCAACAAUGGCUGGAUCGAUGGAUGGCAGCCAAGCCAUGGGAUAGCAGUAGAGCCAGAGCAUCAACUGACCAUAGAGAUCCAAUCAAGACCGUAGAAAUGGACACGUCAUCGCAGCCGUACACUUACCUGGCAUCAUCCAAUAACAGCAGGAGACCGUCGAACCAAACCCACCAAAGACCCAGCUCUCCGGCGCGUCAUAGAUCCAACGAAAUGCGGCCGUUUCACCAUCAGAGUCCCAUCGCGGUCACGCCUUCUCCGUCGCGGACCAGGCCGGUCCAGGUCCGGUCGGCGAGCCCCAGAUCGUCGUGCUUCAGAGAAGAUUACAGAUCGAAUUCGUCACAGACUCCCAGCCUCAGAUCCAAUUACCGCUACACCGGCAAUUUGUCGAACCAUCAACACGGAUUGACAAGGAGCUCGAAUUCCUCUGCCGCUUCCUCCGCCGUCGGCUCGCUGCCGAAUUACAUGGCGGCAACGGAAUCAGCGAGGGCAAGGAGCGCGCCGAGGCAGAGACCUUCGACGCCGGAGCGGGACGGAGGGAACAGAGGACCCGGAGCUGGCGGGUGUGCGAAGAAGCGGCUGUCGUUCCCGGUGCCGGAUCCACACUUGACUUCCGGACUGGGCCAGUACCCGUUGAGAAGCCCGAGCUUCAAGAGCGUGAGUAGCAGCGCGUAUUACGGCGGGUUGGAGCAGCAGUCGAACUACUCGUCUUGCUAUACGGAGAGCGUGAUUGGGUGCGGCGGCGGAGGUUUCCCCUUCUUCCACAGGCGAUCGCAGGCGGUGGUUAGGGUGACGUAUUAGAUCGAAGCUGGGUCGGGUCAUGGAUAACCCGUUGGUGAAUUAACACGUUAUUUUUAUUACGAUUAUUGUUUGGGAACAUCACUUGUAGUUAGCAAUUAGCAUGUAACCUUAAUGGUGUGGAUUUAAUUUUGCUAAAAUGCUGACUUCAUAAGCAUUAUUCGAUGAUUGUGCAUCUUGAGAGUAUAUUCUCGCAGCAGUUUUGUGAGCAUCAUAGAGUCUGAAUUGGAUAGAAGUGGCCAUGUAGGAGCUCUCACAUAAU